CCGACGUGCGUCGUGAGAGUUCCCGCUAUAAAUAUGGCGCCGGCGGUUGCUCGUCGUUUCCGCUUUUGUUUGUGAGCGAGCGGUAGCGCUUCAUACGAGCUGGGUUUGUUUUUAGUUAACGGCAGUGUUUAGCGUUAACAAAGGCCAGACGAUGGCAGACAAGAUGGAUAUGUCCUUAGACGAUAUCAUCAAGCAAAACAGGCAGCGCGGGGGAGGCGGGCGCGGCGGGAGAGGAGGCCGCGGAGGCACAGGCGGCGGCCGCGGUGCUGGCGCCGGCGGGCGGCUCGGAAAUACAGGCGGAGGCUUUGGAGGCCGCGGCGGGGGAUCGGGCCCCAUGAGGAACCGCCAGAACCUGAGCCGCGGAAGAAGCAGACCUACGCCGUACAGCAGGCCCAAGCAGCUCCCAGACAAGUGGCAGCAUGACCUGUUUGACAACGGCUACAGUGCGAACGCUGGAGGAGGAGGCGGCGGCGGCGGUGGUGGAGCGGGCGUGGAAACCGGAGGAAAGCUCCUCGUGUCCAACCUUGACUUCGGCGUGUCCGAUGCAGACAUUCAGGAACUCUUCGCCGAAUUUGGCAGUUUGAAGAAAGCAGCAGUACAUUACGACCGGUCAGGACGCAGCCUCGGCACUGCAGAUGUGCACUUUGAGAGGAAAGCAGACGCCAUGAAAGCCAUGAAGCAGUACAACGGUGUUCCCCUUGAUGGUCGCCCAAUGAACAUUCAGCUUGUUACAUCACAGAUUGACGCACAGAGGCGGACUCCGAUGCAGGGUCUAAAUCGCGGCGGUGGCGGCAUGAACAGAAACAGAAUUGGGGGCUUUGGUGUGCAGAAAGGUCGCGGGGGACGUGGCGGUGGAGGGGCCAGAGGUCGGGGACGAGGCAGUCGAGGCGGCGGCGGCGGCAGCAAACAGCAGCUCUCUGCCGAAGAACUGGACGCCCAGCUAGACGCCUAUAAUGCCAGGAUGGAUACCAGCUAAAUACCAACAUGUCAAGCUGCAUUCCCUGCUGUUCCAGCAUCGUUGUAAUAGCUUUGAACAUGUCGGCUGUUUUACACUUGCGUCUUCAGAAGUGAUUUAAAUUUGUGUACCGAUCUUUUUCUCCUUUUAAAGUGCUCGUGUUUUUUACCUACUUUGUUUUUAUUUUCGUUUUCCUUUUUGAGAAAAAACCUGGUUGAACUGUAGGAUUUAAGGGAUGGGCUAAUCUUAACCAUCCUUGUGUAGGUCAUUGAAAUAAAAACCUGCAGUAUUUAGUAACCACA